CGCUGACAAGUGUGUACUAGUACUAGUAGUGACCAUCGUUGAGCGUGUAUACUAUACAUACACGGACCAAUUUUCGUUCGUCUUUUUUAUUCAGCUUGCCUUAAAGCAAUUCACCACCACCAUUCGUAGUGCUCGGUAGUGCUACGAGGGGUACAUUUUUAGUGGGCUAAUUUCGGUCAUGACCACUGUUAGCACGACCCGGACCAUUUGAGAGAUCUGGUUCGAGGCCUGUGAGGUUUAGUAAACCGGAUAUCCUGAUCGAAUCGUCGAGAUCAACAAAGGUGUCUCCAAAAGAUUGACACCAUUAAGGAGAUCGACAGAGUUUCUCUUAGACGCGAUUCGUCUUCACCAUGGUUGAAUAACAUACGUGCGGGAUCCCUUCUCUCUUGGAGCCGUGUUGAUCAAGAUGAUUGGACGCCUUCCUGAAGCUCCUUGUCCUCGUCAUUCCAAAGACGCCUGGUGUUUUUUUUUUGUCUUAGUCUAGGAUCAAAUAUGAUGGUGACAUUACGGGAUCAGCUUGGACGUGACUAACAGAUGAGCCCAUCGAAAUUUGGCUGAUUGGCUUCCUUGGGAACUGGAGUGAACUCGAGGUGUCAAUUGUCAAAACAGAUCGAAUGAACUCAUAUCGAAUGCGACGAGGUGCUUGAUCAGCAUUAUUAAGUCUCAUUGAGGAAGUGAAAGAACCCUCGAGUGGCACUUUCAUUCAGUGGUCAAGAAGCUCGGCCACAAAGGCUACCAUUCCAUCGUGGAGGUGCAUUAAAGUGAGUGUGAAUAUGCCUCGACUCUAUAGGCCUUCUUCCCCAGAUUAGUGAAGCCAGAUCGAUUGGGAAUCAUGACCGUCUCGUACACGGCGGAUGUCGCCAAUGCCAGUUCCUUCGGGUGCUUCACCAAAAUCCUAUUUCGGUGGAAAGGCUCGGUGUAUAAAUUGAUCUUGCGAGAGCUCUCGGCCUACAUAUUUGUGUAUUUCAUUGUCAAUAUCAUCUACCGAACGAUCUUAUGUCAGCCGGGCAACGAGUACUAUCGGCACUUUUUCGAGGGCCUCAAGAAGUAUUGCUCCAUUCACAUCUCAUCCAUUCCGAUGACAUUUGGACUCGGUUUCUAUGUGUCACUGAUCGUGAAACGAUGGUGGGACCAAUACUCGUUGCUGCCAUGGCCAGACUCGUUGGGUCUUUUCGUGGUGGGUUUAUUGGUGGGCUCAGAGGAGCGACCGAGAAUGAUGCGGAGAAACAUCAUGCGAUACACUCUCCUGGCCUAUGUCAUUAACCUCAGGCGAGUCAGUUUGAGAGUUUACAAGCGAUUCCCCACUCUUGAGCAUGUCGUGGACUCCGGACUCAUGCGACCAGACGAGCUCAAAAUCUUCGAGGGGCUCAAUGAGAAGUGUACUUUCUCAAAAUGGUGGAUGCCUCUGGUUUGGGCCACGAACAUCGUGAGCCAGGCUCGGCAAGAGACGCUCAUCAAAAGUGAUCCUGCAGUUCAGACUAUCCUCGGGGAAAUCUCUCGUAUCCGAAGGGGUCUCACCGGUGUGACCCACUAUGAUACAAUCUCUGUUCCUUUGGUCUACACCCAAGUGGUCACACUGGCCGUGUACUCGUAUUUUGGCGCAGAACUCUUUGGGGCCCAAUGGGUGACCCCGGCGAAUCCUGAGGACUACAAUGACAUUUACAAUCUGCCGGUUUUCCAUGUCACAAACAAUAUCAACAUUGAUGAUAGCAUUCCCAAAGGCGAAACCUAUCAAGCUUUGGAUUUGUAUGUACCCUUGUUUCUCAUUCUGAAGUUCAUGUUUUAUGUCGGGUGGCUGAAGGUUGCCGAGACUUUGAUCAACCCGUUUGGAGAAGAUGACGAUGACUUCGAGCUCAAUUACCUCAUUGAUAGGCACACACAAGUCUCUUACAUGAUCGUGGAUGAGACCCAGACGAUUCAUCCCGAAUUGCUGAAAGACAUGUAUUUCAAUGAUCCUCUGCCUCCCACUUUACCUUACACCAAAGAGACCGAGCAUUUCAGAAAAGAGGAGCCCAAGGGCAGCGCCGAAGUGAAGGAGGAAGCAGACAGUAGCUCCAUGCUUUAUUACAAACUCGAUUUCUUGCAUCGCAAUCCGAGCAAGCGAAAGUCGUCCCGAAAACCUGUUGAGGAGACCUUAAGUUCAGAAUAUGAGAGCAUUGAUCCUCGACUCUUUGGCAAUUGGUUCCGAUCCAAAAGAGGACGAUCCAUGAUCCGACACUCAGGGCGUUCAAAUUCGAGCACAUCGGUCAUCAACGGGCCCACCUCAAGACGAAAGGUAUCGGCGGAAAGUGUGAGGUCUUCCAAGUCCUUCAACAAGUCUAAUCGUUCCAUAUAUGCUAAAAUGUUUGGACCACGGUUUAGCUCAAGACGUGGGACGAACUUGGUAGAGAACGAAGAGCCUAGUGGCAAAACUAACACAAUAACUAUUGAAGACGAACAGGCUCAAAGAAAGAAAAGUGCUGUCAGUACAAUCUCAAGCCAAACUUUGUACGGUAAAUUGGAGAAUCUAAAGAUUGAGGAGGAAGACGAGGACGAAGAGGAGAGAAGAAUUGGUGAAUUGGGACAGACCGCACGUAGCUUUAAUUCGGAUCGAAUGAGGCAGCUCCGCCAACUGUCUACCAUCUCAGAAGGGGAAGGUAACACCCCUUGCUCCACCAAUCCAGCGAGCCGUCGAAACUCAAUGCUAGUCGAGGGCGGUAUGUUGCCCGAUUCGCCCAUCAUGGACCCCAAGUUCAAAAUCCAACUUAUGCCCAUUGAGGGAGGUAAGAGCGAUUACGGUAGCAGCUCAUACUAUCCCAUCGGUAGCGAGGCAUCCCACCGUGCAGCCAGUCCCAAGUUUGGCCACGAUGACGCACCCAAUUACGAACCGAUCCUUUUCACUAACUCCCCAAAGGUCAACCACAUCCCGGGCCCCAGUCCCAAGCCACCUCACCUGCCUGCCCCGAACGGUAGUCCGAAAUCCGAGGGACGGUUGGGACGAAACGCCACAACCAAACCCAUCAGUCCGUUGGUGAACUCGCAAAAUUGUGCCAUUCCUGCUAAUCCCGUUCAGGGUGGCCAUACUUUAGAGGUCCGACCAAAUGCAGAAGAACCAUUGAGUCCAGCGCUACCGAAAAGAAAAGCCGUUAUGUCACUACGAAAAGUGACCAAGGAUAAAACGCCGGAAGGCUCCCCAACCGGGACCCACAAGGAAGGCCCAGCCCCGAAUAUUGUGGUGACCCCGGCUAGCGAAGGCCGCGUGUCUCCGGAAUAUUUCGGAAACGACACUGAAACCACCAGCGAAAGUAUUUCCACCGAUAAAGAAGAAGAUGACGCUUUUUCUGCCUUCGAUAGCGCCACAUUUUACGUAUGAAUCUUUACGAUAACGAAUUUCCAGAAAUACACACGUCUAAAUCAAUAAAUAAGAAAACGAAAAUAGGAUCUUUACUUGUGGUGGGCAUCUUUUACUCGAAAAACACUCUUCACACAACAAAACAAAAAUGGCAAUCUAGUGAUAAAUCCGUAAUGCAUGAUAGUUAGAAUAGUCCGGGGGAGGUAGACCCUCAGAUCCGAUUCAAACGUAGAUCCCCAC